GACGCCUACAGCGGACGGCCUUAUGGAGUAAAACGAACGCACUGUAUUUUUCCAACCUUGACGAGAGACCGGAGGCCGACAUUUACCGAUCCGACUUAUCCACCAUUCAUUUUAGUUACCCUUUUGCUUGAGAUUCGCUUUCUCUGUUCUUGUCACUUGUGUGCUGUUGUUUGUGCUUCGGCAUGGCGGUGGUCAUCCGUUUACAGGGACUCAGAAUCACAGCAGGUUCUGAGGAUAUUCGCAAUUUCUUCACUGGCCUCAAAAUUCCAGAUGGUGGGGUGCAUAUUAUUGGUGGGGAGCAAGAGGAGGCGUUCAUUAUCUUUGCUUCUGAUGAAGAUGCAAGAAGAGCCAUGAUACGGUCAGGGGGUUGCAUUAAGGGCUCCCCAGUUAACUUGCUUCUAAGCAGUAAAUCAGAGAUGCAGAGCAUUCUUGAGGAAAGUACAAAAAAUGCAGAACUGGAUCAAAAGAGAUCACUUAAGGAAAAUUCCAGACGAUUUGAAAUGGAUGGUCCAGGGGGAUCAAGAAGAGCUGGCCAACCUGAGGCAGGUAGGAGAUCAGGUAGCAGAUCGGGUCACUCUCCCCUUCGACACAGGGCAGCCCCAUCAGCCUCCAGUGACGACGUGUACUUGCUUUUGAAGGGAAUGCCGUUCUCUGUGACUGAGAAGGAAAUCUGUCACUUUUUCCAUGGUUUACUUGUUGAUGACAUAAUCCUAAUGAAAAACGCACGUGGCCAAAACAAUGGUAUUGGUCUAGUCAAAUUUACAGCAAGAGAGGAUGCAAGAGAUGGUCUCAAAAGGGAUAGGGAGUACAUUGGGUCGCGAUUUGUGGAAGUUUAUGCAGCAACAGAACAAGAGUGGCGUAAUGCUGGUGGUACUGUGGCAAUGGGUGGCAACAGUAAUGGCAAGUUUGGAAGAGGGAGAUCGCCAGUUCCUGCACAGAGGUAUCCACAACAUCGUAUGAGAUCACGAUCACCUGUGGAGCAGAGGUCCAAUUCUCCUUCCACUGAGGAGUUCUGUGUUUUGGUGGAAAAUCUAUCCUAUUCAGUGGAGAAACGGCACAUAAAAGAACUUUUCCGUCAUGCAAGACUUGAGGAUGACCAGAUUUUGUACCUCCAUGACAGUGAAGGGAGAAGAAUGAGAUCUGUAUUUGUGCUGUUCAAGAGUCUGAGGGACUACUGUGCUGCCUUAACUCAUAAUAACGAAGAAUUUCUCAGUCGAGCAGUUCAUAUCUCCCCCAUCUCAAGAGAGAAAAUGAUCUCCAUUCUGGAAUCUCGUAACAUGAAGGAUGGAGCUCCUGGAAGGUCUGGUAGGUUUCAAGACAGGCCUGGUGAUUCUUAUGACUCUGAGAAACUGUGUCUCUAUGUGCGGAAUAUGCCUUUCGAUGUGCGUAAAGUUGAGAUCAUGGACUUCUUCCUUGGGUUUAAUAUCACGGAGGACAAAGUGAUCUUGCUGCGUGAUCACAAAGGUGCUGGGCUCGGAGAGGCUUUGGUUGUUUUCCGGUCUGCGGGGGAGGCUGUGAGUGCGCAAGCUCUAAAUGGGCAAAGGUUUCUUGGGUCAGAAGUCAUGUUGAAAUGCAUUUCACGGUCUCAGAUGCAGGAGUUUGGUGUUGAGCCUCCAGCGGUGCAAGAGCCAGUGCUAAGGGAGGAGAGGUACUCAGCCAGGAACAGUGACGCAUCCUAUCGUCCUGGUGACAUGGAGUACCAAGACUUGAGAAUCCCUCCCGAUGGUCGCAUGCCAAUGACUAACCUGCAGGUUCAUAUCCAUGGAGGCAGUAGCUAUGAUCCUUUUGCAGCAGGGCCUUACACUCCACAAGAUGGAGGUAACGAAUCGGUUCAUGGACGCUUUGGGGCCCAUGCGCAGAAUUUCGACGGUCCCACCUGUCUAAAGCUGGUUAAUCUACCAUUGCAGAUUAAAAUUGAUGAAAUCUAUGACUUCUGCUAUGGCUAUCGGGUCAUCCCUGGAUCCGUCUCACUGCAGUAUGACAAGAAUGGAACGCCUAAAGGCUCGGCAACAGUGGUGUUUGAAUCCCGCCAAGAGGCUUUAACAGCAGUCAAGGAACUGAGUGGAAGACCAAUAGGUGCAAGAAAAAUACAGCUGGUUUUUGUGUAACAAUAACAUGGCUGUCUAUGGCGUCUAACAUGACCUAACUAACUGUGUGGCUUGGACAUAACAAGAACAUGAUCUGGAAAACAGGUUGAUUGAGGCUGGAAUUCACCCUUUUUUAUUUGUAUUAUUAUUAUUUUUUUUUAAAUUUUAUUGUGGUAUGGCUGCAGAAGUAUGAGUUUGACUACAGUGAACUUUUGUGAUUAGGCAAUACAGUUUGUUCAGUAAAUAUGUUUAUUGUGUGUGUGAUGCUCAUUCUUCAGUGACGUGCUUAAUGUUUGGUUAGAUAUUUUUCUUGUUUGAAUCAUAGGGUUUACUUAAGCUUGCACUACUCUAAGAAUCUGUGUAAAUACAAUUGAAUUAGUGAUGUGAUCAUUGUAAAAAUUGCAAUUCUUAUAUAAAAAAAAUACUUUUCAACUGUCA